AUGGCCGCUUCAAGCACCAUUCCGUAUUGGGUUCUAUACGGCAAUUUCGAAAAAUUUGCCACGGAAUCAAACUAUCACAUGAAAUGCAAGCGCCAAGCCUUGUCUACCCAACUUCAUUCUGAAGACACUGGUCCAAUCGACGCUCUACCGGAGGGCCUACGUGGUUUAGAAUCUAUCUAUUUCAACACGGCUCUAUUAGAAUCGGUGCAGCCCUCAAGAGUUCAAACUCAUGAAGGAUUCACUGAUAGUUUGCAGCCCAUGAAACCGAUUUCUCUUGCCAACCUCAAGGCCGAGAUUGAGGUCCUCAAAGAUAUUCAUGACCAACCCAACUUCGACACUAUCCUGGAACGCACACGACAGACGACCACUAAUAUUGAUCAGUUCCUCCCAGGAAGCAAUAUAAACGACUUUAUCAAUCGUCAAAGCGCAUCCGAACUUUGUCGCGAGAACACACAGCAGGAGCUUCUUGGCGGUAGCACCCAUUAUCCUGCAAUCAACAUGCCACCGACUACUAUCGUGGUAGAGGAAACCCAGCACGACAAGUUUGAGCGCGGUGAUGCUGAUGUCGAAUCGAACGGGCGUGCACAUGCCCGUAAACUCUUCAGCUACCAUGCCGAGUCAAACGCAUCAGAAAACGAGCAGAAGCUAAAGUUCAACAUUGCUGAGCAUGAGAAAGGUGUCCUCACAUCCUUUGAUUGGCGGAACUAG